UAUAAUUCCACUUUCACAUUUCAAUCGGCAAAGAAAAUAAAGCGCUCGCUCUUGAGGUUUUUCUUUUCCCACAUCAAGAUAUCAAAGAUCAGAGGAUUGAAAGAUCAAAGAAAAGAAAGGCGAGAUCCAUCAAAAUUAAAUAGAGAAAAAAAUGGAAAUAGGGAAAGAGAGCGAGUUGGUUCGGCGAUGCAUAGAAGCAGCUUGCUUAAGCAGAGAGAGCGUAGAGAAAUGGCGGAGACAAAGGAGAACUCUGGAACGAUUGCCUUCUCACCUUUCUCAAUCUCUCCUUCGAAACCUCCUCCAUCGCCGCCUCCUCUUCCCUUCCUUACUAGAAAUAUUCAAGUAUAGUGUGGAGGAGAUAGAUCUAAGAGGAGAGAAUUGUGUAGAUGCAGAAUGGAUGGCGUAUUUAGGCGCAUUUCGUUAUCUACGAUCCCUCAAUCUAGCUGAUUGUUAUAGAAUUAAUAAUUCUGCUAUUUGGUCCAUAGUAGGGAUGACUAGUCUGAAGGAAGUGGACCUUUCGCGUUGCAUGAAGGUUACUGAUGCUGGCGUUAGGCAUCUUAUAUCCAUUUCAACUUUGGAAAAGUUAUGGAUUUCAGAAACUGGCGUCACUGCAAAUGGGGUUGCGCUGCUCUCUUCACUUAAGAAUUUGUCUAUAUUAGACUUGGGUGGCUUGGCUGUUACAGAUAAUGCUUUGAAUUUUCUCCAGGCAUUGACAAAGCUGCAGCACCUUGAUCUUUGGGGGAGCAAAAUAUCUAACAAAGGGGCUUUGGUUCUUCGAAGGUUCCCCAAGCUGAGCUUCCUCAAUCUUGCUUGGACCAAUGUCACAUGCUUUCCAAAUCUGUCAUCGAUUGAAUUUUUAAACAUGAGUAAUUGUACCAUUGAUUCUAUCCUUGAAGGCAAUGGUGAUAAAGCUCCUUUAAUGAAGCUUAUUUGUGCUGGAGCAACUUUCAUGAAUGAGGCUGAGGUCUUUUUAUAUAUCAAAACAAGUUUCUUAUCCUUGCUGGAUGUAUCCAACUCUUCCCUUACGUGGUUCUGCUUUUUAGCUGAUAUGAAAAUGCUUGAACAUUUGGAUCUCAGCUCUAGCAUCUUCGGGGAUGGUUCUGUUGAAAUGAUUGUAUGUAUUGGAGCAAGUCUGAAAAAUCUAAAUCUAAGCAGCACAAGAGUCAGCUCUGUUGGGAUAGGGAUGUUAGCUGGACAUGUACCCAAACUUGAAAUUUUAUCUUUAUCUCACACAUCAAUAGAUGAUGUUUCCUUGUCAUAUAUCAGCUUGAUGCCUUCACUUAAAGUUAUUGACCUAAGCAACACAAACAUUAAAGGUUUUAUUCACCAGAGAGGCACAGAGUCACAAAUGGAUAGCACACUAACAGCACUUCAAAAUCUCAGUUAUUUGGAGAGCUUAAACUUGGAGCAGACACAAGUUAGGGAUCUUGAUUUGUACCCGUUAUCUAGUUGCAAAGAACUGAGCCAUUUAUCUCUCAAAUGUUUUUCCCUUACAGAUUCCACCUUGCAUCACCUUUCAUCUCUCCCAAAGCUGACAAACCUUCAUGUCUGUGAAGCUGUGUUAACAAAUAGUGGCCUGGACUCAUUUAGCCCACCAACAACACUGAGAGUACUGGACCUGAUGGGUUGUUGGCUCUUAACUGAAGAUGCUAUCUCAUUGUUCUCAAGGAGACAUCCUCAAGUUGAGAUACGACAUGAAGUUGUUCAAAGCCUUUCGACAGAGCAGCAAAAUAUUUCUGAUCGCCCAUCCUCGUCACAACAAUAUUCGAAAACUUCUCGAGGGAACAAAAAGCAUGGAAAAGUGCCUAUCUCUGAGUUUUUUGUAGAUCAAAGAUUGAAAUAUAGCAGAGGAGAGCUACUUGCACUGCAGUUUUCACCUUUAUCUCUUAAAUCUCUUCAUGAUACAGGUAUUGUAACACCCAAUCAACAAUCAGAUCAAAUGGAUUAAUUCCAUUAACCAAGAGUUAUAUUUCCUUAUACAUGGUACUAUAAUAUUCUCUCUGCAAUUGUAUGAGGAAAUGUUUUUUUUUUUUUUUUGUAAUUUCAAUUUUGAAUAAACUGUUACAAUG